AUGGAUCCUCUCUUUGCGGGUGCUAACGCUGGAAAGGCAAGCCCCAUACUAGCAGGCCCACGCUCUGUCAUUGCCGUCAAUUCUCAUUUGAGCAUUCCGGUCUGGCCCUGGUGGGCAGGAGGCCGAGUUGUCCCAGUCUCCUUGGGAGGACCUCUGCAAGAUCCUUUCUUGUUGCUGGCGCACCAAAAGCACUGGUUUGAUCCCAAAGAUCCACUCCGACAACCCUUCCAACAAGUCGCCAGCAUUGUUUCGGAGCUUGAGGCAGAAGAUGCUCCCUCGUUCUACCAGACCACUGCUUUCGCCAAGAAGUUGUGUGCUUGGAAGUCAGCAUUUCAUUUGCAUGAAACUAACUGUCAGCAACAUUUUCGCAAGCACGGGAUGCAUCACUGGAGACGAACCCACGAUGGCAUUGGUUCUAUCGGAGUGGGAGCACAUGUGGCAUACCUGCAUGCCAUCGCUGUGGCGUAG